AUUUAUCAUUUCGCGACGUGAAAUUUUCGCCAUUUUAUCGCCGAACAAACACGAAAAAUCGACGUCGUUAAAAUUACAGCCUUAAGGUUGGUUUUUAUAUGAUCGAGAGUACGGGGACUUCUCGAGAUCAGGUAAAAUUGUGCUGCUGUUUAAUCAAUUGAGGGGCAACGAGUGUGCUUUUAGUUUAACACUGGUCAUCGUUCGUGCCUUUUCCGACACAGGAAGCUCGUGAAAUAAGCUUAUGAUGUCUGUUCGCAGGCAACAAAAGUGUUUUUCUACAUCGUGACGGAGCCUCGGCCAUUAUGCCGCGUUAUGAACUAAAGAAGACUGAAAAUUUGUUACGUAUACAGGUGGUGUUUCAAGCAAAUAAAGUUAACGUCUUUCCAGCGCCUUUCGACUGAAAGUUUAACAGUUCCAACCCAAUAAUCUCAUUUCAAAACUUCCGUUUUACAUAGUUAAGUUGCUAGGCUCUUCCAGCCGUCUAAAAAGGCUUUAAACGUUACUUAUCCAACCAAGCAACCUAUUAUUUUAAAGAGCAACUGCAACAAGCACAUUUUGACACUGACUUCGUUUCUCGUUGUUAAGUCUCGAUCGAGUCGAAGAAUUUUUUUUAAAUGCGACCAGUUGUCUCAGUUAUCGACUGACAGACAGCAGAAUGAUCUUAAAUUCUGGCAUAUUGAACACGGGAAGCUUUAGCCUUAUUCGCAAAAGAAGCUUUAAACUUCGUGUAGUUUCACUUCCUUUUGUGUCAGUGAAAAGAGGCGUAAAAGCAACACACUCAAAAGUGUCAGAACAGCUAAUUUUUCGUUCGCUUUGUUUUCCGCUUCCCCUUUCCGCUUCUCGCUUUUAGAACAAAAGGCUUUUAAUACGCAGAGUGCGUACUUGAAAAGCUAUUUUAAUCUGCAUUCUUCAUUAAUAAACGCGCAUGGUAUUUUCACUGAAAAUAGCGACAGCAGAUGUUUCCGCGAACCGUUAAAAGGAUUUCAGCAUCUCACUAAAGCGAUGAGAUGUUAUCGCGGUGCUAAUUGGAUUUAACGUGGAUUUUCUCGGCGGAGAAUUCAAGCUUGUGUCACUAAGGUUUGCCUUAUGUCUGUAUAAAUGACAUUUAAAUACUCAGGCCUGUUUUAGGUUUUGUUUUGUUCCUAAGAGAGUGAUUACUUCUUGUCAAUUGUUCACUGUUUUGUUUUGGAAACGUGAUUAUUGAACGGUGCAGCGCUGAACGCCCGCCCGCGCGAACGCUGUUAACACAUUCUGAGUAUCACAUUGCAUACAUACCACACUGACUUCUAAGAACCAACCUUAAGGCUUGAUCUGAGCAAAGCAUUAAUUUUAUCAAUUACCCCUCCUAAUUAUAAAACGUGAAGAGUGAAUACAAAAAGUACAGACAAUUGGAACAUUGUCAGCAAUACAAAUCGGUCAAACAAAGAUUGCGCGAAAACUUUGCCCUCGUUAACCAUUACAACAACUGCGACCGACUUUCUUUAAACUUUUUACCAGGGUCUAAGAGCGUUUCACACCCUUUUUGACCCUCUUAAGAUUGCAAUUUUUAGUUAGUCUCCAUAGUACCGUUCAGUUUGUUUCGUUCGGAAAACCUUGUUAAAUUAAAAAUGGUUUCCUGUGGGAAUUGUUAGAAUGGUCCUUUUUUAGUCCUCAAGCCCCCAUUGUUCUUCAACCAAUCUACGCUAAGUCAUAAAACCGUCUGCUGUUGUUAUUUCAGGGACCUUUGAACACUCAAUAUGACAUAUGGAUGUCCUGUUUAUUGCAUUUCCAUGCUUUGUUUUAAUUACCAGGGCCUAAGUUUGGUCGGCACGAUACACUCAGAACAACACUAUGGUUUGCUUGCCUGGACAGAAACUACCAUAACAGAACAUCUGAUUCCAGUCCCAUGUUAGAGCGAUAACGAUCGAUCCUGUGCAUAACUGCAGCUAUAAUGAAGAAAAACUCGACAGCUUUCAUAAUCUUGUGGUUUAUCUGGUCUGUGAGCCAAGUCGACCUUGUACAGAACUACAAAGGAAAAAGCGAAAGCUUAAGCUAUGUGUUCACAAAAGGAGACUUCAUCAUUGGUGGCCUGUCACCCGUUCAUUUCUCCCCAACUGAAGCCGAAGAACAGCAAAAUCCAAAUUCGUUCACUUGCCAAGGAUUGUUAAACACCCGCGGCUUUGAAGCCGUCGAAGCGAUGCUUUUUACUAUGGAUAUGAUAAACGAAGGGCCACUUAAAGACAUCGUGUUACCAAACAUUACCAUUGGCAUGGACAUUAAGGACACUUGUGGUAGCGGAGACUACGCUGUUCGCGAGUCGCUGAAUUUCUCGUUCAUUCGCAACGCUCACGUACAAGAAUGCUCGGGCACGAAGCCGCCCGACGAACAACUACAGACCGUUGCCGUCGUCGGUGCGGCGUACAGUGGCGUGUCGAUGGCAGUUACGAACCUAUGCGGAUUGUUUUAUGUACCAGUGGUGAGUUACGCAUCGACCAGCAGUUUGUUAAGUAACCAAGUCAGAUUCCGUUACUUCUUGAGGACAGUACCCAAUGACAUGCUGCAGGCAAAAGUCAUGGCGGAUCUGGUUCGCGCUAUGAAAUGGAACUAUGUCAUCACACUGGCUUCGGACAGCGAGUACGGACGGUCGGGCAUUGAAGCGUUCAAACAUGCACUCGCCAGCUUUGGAAAUAGCUACGAUGUCUGUAUUCCUGUAGACGAGAGGUUUACCAAGCGAUCAACAGAUCAGGAAUUCGAGAAGAUCUUUGGAAAAAUGAAAGCCAAUCCUAAGGCAAGAGUUGUGAUUCUCUUUGCUCAGCUACACGAUGCCGACAUACUGAUCAACAAAUUCCGUCAGCACAAGUAUAUGGCAAAGGAAAAGUACGUCUGGGUUGGUUCAGAUGCAUGGGCUGAUUCCAAACAAGUCUUGAAAGGCAACGAGGACAUUCUACGAGGUAUGUUUGGUGUGGUGCCCGAAGUUGUGCAUAUUCAAGAGUUUGACAAGUACUUCACGAAUUUUAAUGACAAAAGACGCAAGCGAAAUCCUUGGAUGCGGGAAUAUGAGUAUUUAAAAGUGGCGCACAAUCCAGCCUUCUACCGCCAGACAUUCAGACAUUAUCCCAAAGCACAGUAUGUUAUGGACGCAGUCUUAGCAAUCGCUUAUGCAUUACAUAACAUGCUCGGCUGUCAGUCUCGCAAAGACUGCUCAUCGAAAAUUUCACAGAAAGUAAAACAGCAAGGCUUUCUCAACUACUUGGAGAGCGUGCGUUUUCCGGGAAAGUCUAGAGAAUACUUUUCUUUUAAUGAGCUUGGCGAUGCCAUUGGCGUUUACGAUAUUCGCCAUCUGCAGCUGGGAGGCGGUAAUUACGAGGUCGUGAAAGCUGGCAAAUGGGGUGCCAAAGAGUGUGAUGUGUUUGGCACGAAUGCAUCGAAAAGUUCCUGUCUUGAUUUGGACAUGAAAAUUAUGAAAAUGGUUAAAGAUAAUCUGAAGAACCACACGGAAAAAGGCAUCCCUUUCUCCACGUGCAGCAAAGCCUGUCCGCCUGGUUUUCACAAGAACCCUGAGAAGAACCACGCAAAAUGUUGCUGGGAAUGCCGACCUUGUAGUGGAAAUGCUAUCACGAACCAAACCAACAUGGACGAUUGUACGCCAUGCCCGCGAGGAGACUGGGCCAAUCAUAAUCACUCGCGCUGCGAGCCGAUAGAACCCACAUCUUUACACUGGCGUGACACCCUAGGUGUAAUAAUCAUCUGUAUAUCAGGGGCAGGAAUCCUGGCUGUCAUUUGCACCUUUACUGUCUACUACAUCUACCGUCAGACUCCAGUGGUUAGAGCUUCCAGCAAGGAACUGUGUUACAUUCUGUUAGUUGGUAUCGCUUGGUGUUACGUUACUCCAAUCGUCUUCCUUGUGGAUAGAACAGACCAGGUCUGUCGCGCUAUUCCUUUUGUGACUGGACUGUGUCCGUCGCUCAUAGCGGGGACGCUUUUAACAAAGACAAACCGCAUCUCAAGGAUUUUCAACCGCAAACUCUUGAAAACUGGCACACCUAGCUUUUUGUCCAAGAAGUGGCAGCUCUUGAUGGUGAUUUGCCUAGCCGUUGUAGAGUGCCUCAUUGGAGGAGGCUGCGUUCUAUUCAGCGAGACAGGAAGCCGCCUCUUGAUCUCGGAAACCAAAAAGGAGGUCUGGAAACAGUGCAUAGGCCUACCUAACAUUUGCACGGCGAUUUGGUGGGUGUACAAUGCAGGCCUUGCAUUAACUUGCACCUAUCAGGCAUUCCGAACACGGAAACUGCCUGAAAAUUACAACGAAACUAAGUUUAUCACCUUCACUAUGGUCAUAACUUGCAUCGUUGUCACUAUCUUCAUUCCAACGUACAUUGGAACACAAGGAAUCUACAGGACUACCAUCACCUGUUUUGUGUUUAUCAUAGGCGGUUCUGCAACUCUCUGUUGUAUGUUUGUACCUAAACUGUACAUAAUUCUGUGGAGGCCCGAGAAAAAUGUUCCCAUGCAACCGCGAUCCUCGACGAUUCGUCUAGGAACCAUCUCUCCUUCAGCGUCCUUUGUGCGACGUUUGAGCGUCGAUUCCAACGCGGAGAGAGUAAAAGAAGGCAGGCAACAACGAAUCCACUCUUUGCCUAGUAUCGAAAUAACCAGAACGGAUGGCGAGGGCGGAAACAGCGAAGACGUACCGAAGUUCAAGAAAACCAAACGAUCCUUUUCCCUCAGUCCGGACAUGUUGUCGAGAGCUCGGUCGAGUCCCAAGCGCAGCUCCGAGCGGAACCCGAGGACGUUUCCGGCCCGUCGGCGAGCUAGUGCUGCAAAUGUGCAAUACCCUGCAUCCAUGGAUAUGAUCGAGGAAGACUGCGAGCUCGAGCAGGUGCUGGAGACAACUGGUGACAGCGACGACGCCGUGUUUGAAAGUCAAGAACUCGUCAGAGGCUUAGAACAGCUGAAACCGCAACUUUACGACCGUGAUAAAUCCACUGGCAGUUUGGAUGUGGAAGAAGGUGACUGCGAUUAUCACGAAAAUGAUGUUUUAUUGUUUUCAACCAUGGAAGACAGAUUGGAAGAGAAAGCUAACUGCGAAGAGGGUUAUACGACGUAUAAGGGUCGUUGUGAUAAUGACAACUCUACCACUUGUACCUUGAAUAAAGAUGACUUUCUUGGUGAAACUGAGAGCGGGUCAAACCCUAAAAUGCACAGCUUUCCAGGGAGUGACUCGGAACUGGGCAUAACCUGCCAACACUGCGGAAAUAACUUCACUAAAACUAAUAAAGACAUCUUGCUGAGAGUUCUUCGCGGACACUUAUCAAACAAUGGCAGAAGCCAAACAGGCGAAAAAGAAAAGAAUCGGAUACUUAACAAAGUGAAUAACCCACAGUACCAGAAUUAUCAAAAUGAUAACGUUGCUCGCAAGAGAAAAACUGGCAUAGCUGAAGUGAUCGCUGGUGAUGAACGCCUAGCGUCUAGUGGUCUGGAUGUGAAUGACAACAGGCCGGUCAAACGACAGCGGAACCCUAGUUAUUACAGAUGCGAAUCUCUCAGUUUGCCUUCCCUAAUCGCUCCUUUCUCUGAAGGAAGAGACUCCCUUGAUUUCAAAGUAAUGGCGAGCAAAAAAGCGCGAGAGAAGCACAAACGCUUUCUUCCAAAUAGAAAGAACUACAUUCCCAGAGAAGAUGAUGUUAAGAGUAAGUCUAAGCCGAAUGGAGACGUUUGUCAUCUUUUUAUAAAUGGCGAAUCCGACGAGUUUAAAACCGAGACUGAUGAGCUACUUUGCGAAGAUGGAGAAGCCGAAACUGUACUGUAAAAAACAUUGGUCACGCAACCAUCACGCAACGCGCACGGCUCGUCCUGAUUAAAAAAGGCUUACACAAACCUUUCAUAUAAAGGGAAUCUAAUUUACAAAAGAUUAAAUGCUUGUAAAUAAUAAAGAAAGUUACAGAUAAAUAACAUUAGGAUGUUAGUCUUUUAAGAAACAGUUUGUGCAACCAAAGCUUUGCUAGACUUCAUAAUUUUUGACCAUUCAGGUAUGAAAAUUCCAAUGUCAGUUUGUAAAAUUCAAAACAACAAAUUUCAUAUUUUCCUAGUUAAUCAUUUGUAAUCCAUUAUGACCCUCCACAUUGCUGGCCAUCCAUAUUCAUUGUUGGUUUAUUAGUAUUUUCCCCCCAGGGAGGACUCCCAUAUAAAAAGCACAGGGGUGCUCUCAGAAAUUUUGAAAAGAGGUACUGGAUCCUGUUUUCUGGGCAAGAGGUAUCAAUUCUAAUACACCAUGUUAUCUCCUGUCAUAUUCUUUGGCUCAAUACCCUAAAAGGUACCACAAA